AUACCUCUUUUAGCAUUUCUUUCUCACGCUCUUUACCCAUGCAAAGUAGAUUUCUACUAGCAGUGUACUAUUAUUCUUAUAUUCUAGGAGGGCCAUCUAAAAUUGUGUAAUAGCCAAAUGUUUUUCCAGAUCUAGUACCUAUUUUUCUAUGGAUGAUAAGAAAUAUUGUUCUAGUGGUCACACUGUUACUAGUAACCGGUAGUGUAUAAGAAGACUCUGUUGUAGGAUGCGUAAGAAGGAAACGUGGGUUAAGUUUUAAUUUUGUAAGGAAUUUAAACAGUUAUUGUCCAUGUGUAUUAAUCAAAUAAAUAUGUUUCGUCAAGUAAGUUACAAAAGGUUAUACCCAGAAUCAUACCAAAUAUUUCCACACCAAGAAGUAUACAAAUGUGUACUGCCACUGAUAAUGUAAAGUUGGAAAAGACAAUAAAUCAAGUUACCUUAUUAGGAAGGGUAGGCAUUGAUCCACAAAAAAGGGGUAACCAGGAACAUCCUGUUGUUGUAUUUUCUCUUGCCACGCAUAAUAAUUACAAAUAUCCAAAUGGUGAUUUUAUGCAAAAGACAGAAUGGCAUAAAGUAUGUGUUUUUAAACCAAAUUUGCGUGACGCAGUUUUCAAUUAUUUAAAGAAAGGACAGAGAGUAUUAGUUUCUGGGAAAAUAAGUUACGGAGAAUUUAAAGACGAAGAAGGUAUUACGAAGCCCAGUACUGCUGUAAUAGCGGAUGAAGUAAUAUUCUUUCAAACACAACAAUGAUUUAUAAAACUUUAUAUAGCUUAUUAUGUAUAUUUUUUUUUAAUAAAAUAUAAAAAAUUGAUGUGUAA